ACCAAAUGUGUGUGGCUCACGUUACAAUGCUUACUGUUGCCCUGGAUGGAAAACUUUACCUGGUGGAAACCAAUGCAUAGUCCCAAUCUGCAGACAUUCCUGUGGGGAUGGAUUUUGUUCUAGACCAAACAUGUGCACAUGCCCAAAUGGUCAGAUAGCCCCCUCCUGUGGUUCAAAAUCAAUACAACACUGUAACAUCCGGUGCAUGAAUGGAGGUAGCUGCAGUGAUGACCAUUGCCUGUGUCAGAAAGGAUACACAGGAACGCACUGUGGACAGCCUGUCUGUGAAAAUGGAUGCCUAAAUGGAGGGAGAUGCGUGGCUCCAAACCGAUGUGCUUGCACAUAUGGCUUUACUGGACCCCAGUGUGAAAGAGAUUACAGGACCGGCCCUUGCUUCACUUUGAUAACCAACCAGAUGUGCCAGGGACAGCUCAGUGGAAUAGUCUGCACAAAAACCCUUUGCUGUGCCACAGUUGGGAGAGCAUGGGGCCACCCCUGUGAAAUGUGUCCUGCCCAGCCGCAUCCCUGCCGCCGAGGCUUCAUUCCAAACAUUCGAACUGGGGCCUGUCAAGAUGUGGAUGAGUGCCAAGCCAUCCCUGGGAUCUGUCAAGGGGGAAAUUGCAUUAAUACUGUUGGAUCUUUUGAGUGCAAAUGCCCAGCUGGACACAAGUUUAAUGAAGUGACACAAAAAUGCGACGAUAUUGAUGAAUGCAGCACCAUUCCUGGGAUCUGUGAUGGAGGAGAGUGUUCAAACACCGUUAGCAGUUACUUCUGCAAGUGUCCGCCAGGGUUUUAUACAGCUCCUGAUGGCUUGAAGUGCAUAGAUGUGCGUCCUGGAUACUGCUUCUCUUCCCUGACCAACGGACGCUGUGGCAAUCAGCUCCCCCAGCCUUUGUCCAAAAUGCAGUGUUGCUGUGACAGUGGCCGAUGCUGGUCUUCUGGUGUAGCCACCGCUCCUGAAAUGUGCCCGAUCAGAUCCACAGAUGAGUACCGCAAGUUGUGCACAGUAGCUGCUCUGCUGCCAGCAAGACCUGACCUUCCUCCGGCCCGUCCUGACAUCAUCCCUCCACCGCUCCUUCCUGGUGUUUACCCUCCUCAACAACCAGAAAUUGUCUAUCCGUCUCGGGUUCCACCACCUCAUGUGAUCUUGCCAGUGAACUUGACGGACUAUUGCCAACUGUUCCGACAUCUCUGCCUUAAUGGGCGCUGUAUUCCCACUCCUGGGAGCUACCGCUGCGAGUGCAACAAAGGAUUCCAACUGGAUGUUAGAGGGGAAUGCAUUGAUGUUGAUGAAUGUGAAAAGAAUCCAUGCAUCAGUGGAGACUGUGUGAACACCCAGGGAUCCUACAUAUGCCAGUGUCGUGUACAGAGCACACCAACCAGAACAGAGUGCCGAGACAUCGACGAGUGUUUACAGAAUGGGCGUAUCUGUAAUAACGGACGAUGCAUAAAUACGGACGGCAGCUUUCACUGCGUGUGUAACGCUGGCUUUCAGGUGGCAGCCGAUGGCAAAAACUGCGAAGAUAUGGAUGAAUGCAGCAUAAGGAACAUGUGCCUCAAUGGAAUGUGCAUCAAUGAAGACGGCAGUUUUAAGUGCAUUUGUAAACCGGGGUUCCAGCUGGCAUCUGAUGGACGCUAUUGCAGAGACAUCGAUGAGUGUGAGACAGCUGGAAUAUGCAUGAACGGGCGCUGUGUGAACACUGAUGGCUCUUUCAGAUGUGAAUGCUUCCCUGGCCUUGCAGUAGGACUGGACGGACGCGUGUGCGUCGAUACACAUAUGCGAAGCACGUGCUAUGGUGGCUACAAGAGAGGACAGUGCGUGAGACCCUUAACCGGUGCAGUUACGAAGUCAGAGUGCUGUUGUGCCAGCACUGACUACGCCUUUGGGGAGCCUUGUCAGCCCUGCCCAGCCCAAAAUUCAGCUGAAUAUCAGGCUCUUUGCAGCAGUGGAACGGGCAUGACUGCAGGAGGAAAUGAUAUUAAUGAGUGCUUACUGGAUACCGAUCUCUGUCCAAAUGGAAGGUGUGAGAAUCUGCAUGGGACAUACAAAUGUCUUUGUAACCCUGGCUACGAAGUGGAUUCAACUGGGAAAAACUGCAUUGACAUUGAUGAAUGUGCGCUGAACAUGCUGCUUUGUGACAAUGGGCAAUGCAGAAAUACCCCUGGAAGUUUCACCUGCACCUGUCCAAAAGGAUUUGUAUACACUCCUGACCUAAAGACGUGUGAAGAUAUUGAUGAGUGCGAAUCUAACCCCUGCGUUAACGGGGUGUGCAAAAACACGCCAGGCUCUUUCGCUUGUGAAUGUUCUCCUGAAAGUACUUUGGAUACAACUAGAACCAUCUGCAUAGAAACUGUUAAGGGUACCUGUUGGCAGAACAUCGUGGAUGGAAGAUGUGAAAUAAAUAUCAACGGAGCAACUCUGAAGUCCCAGUGCUGUUCCUCACUAGGUGCUGCUUGGGGAAGCCCGUGUACACCAUGUGAACGAGACCCGAUAUGUCAAAAGGGAUAUUCAAGAAUAAGAGGAACAUUGUGUGAAGAUGUAAAUGAAUGUGAGGUGUUUCCUGGAGUCUGUACAAACGGGCAGUGUGUCAAUACCUUGGGAUCGUUUGUUUGCCAGUGCCCCAAUGGAAUGACUUUAGAUGCUUCUGGACGAACAUGUCUUGACAUUCGCCUGGAGAGUUGCUACCUGCAGCACGAGGAUGAGCAAUGCACCGCCCAGAUACCAGGCCGACACCGAAUGGAUGCUUGCUGCUGUUCAGUGGGGGCAGCCUGGGGCUUUGAGUGCGAGGAGUGCCCUCUGAAGGGAUCACCGGAAUUUGAUGCCCUUUGUCCAAGAGGAUCUGGGUUCUCUACAAAGAUAGAGAUAACUGGGAAGCCUUUCUCUAAAG